AUGCAGGGCUACGGACUUUCAGCACGAGGUGCUGCUAAUGUUGACGCUGUCUGGCCACGCAUCAGCAAGGCUGCCACGGAGCGAGAGCAUGCUGAGCAACCGUGUAUCGAUCUAGCCACCUCAGAGAACUGGCUGAUCCGAAAGGAGCUCAUUGAUUUCUACAAGAAGGCCGUACAGGAUGGUUUAAGUGAUAGACACCUCUCGUACCAGAACGGGUUGGCGGGGGAUACCGAUCUUCUAGAGGCUCUCGUGGGGUUCUUCAACUCGUACUUUCGCCCAUGCAUCCCGGUGACACAGGAGCAUCUUUCCACUGCCCCAGGGUCGACAUUCUGCCUCGAUUCCCUGCUGUACAACACGUGCGAGGCAGGAGACGGUCUUCUUAUUCUUACACCGUGCUGGAGUGGAUUUGACUGGCUGGUGAGCGUCAAGUCAGGCGUGCAACCCGUGUUCGUCACUUUGAACAACCUUGAGGGUGCCCUAACGUUGGAGGUGAUUCCAGCACUAGAAGCCGCCUUCUCAUCCUCCCCCCAUCCGGUAAAGGCUCUUCUAUUCACAAACCCGAACAAUCCCAUUGGCCAGUGCUAUCCGGUGGAGGUUAUUAAGGAUGUCAUCAGGUUUUGCAACCAGAGGAAGAUCCACCUCAUUUCAGAUGAGAUUUACGCCUUAUCUAGCUUCCAGAAUCCUGAAUUAAAGGACCCCACGCCUUUCGUGUCAAUCUUGGAACUCGACAUCAAAGCUUUGGGGUGUGAUCCAUCACGUGUUCAUAUGAUAUGGAGCACUAGCAAAGAUCUUGGCUCCAGCGGUAUGCGGAUGGGCUGUUGUGUUACCCAGAAAAACCGCCCACUAGCUACGGGGCUGGCAUUGACGUCAACUACACAAAUGUCGUGCCUCACAGCUAUUGCAACCGCCAGCCUACUAAAAUCGCCCGAGCUCCCACGGCUGCUAGAGCUGAAUUCCCAACGCCUCGCCGAUGCGUAUCAGCGCACUACUGCCAUUCUCAAGAGCCAUGGCCUUCCAUAUAUACCGGUCAACCAUGGCCCGUUUGUGUUCUUCCGCAUAGAUCCCAAUGCACAGACGUCGGAAGAGGAGGCAAAAAUCAUCCAGAAAUGUAAACAGGCCGGCGUUACAGUGUCCGCAGGUCGAAGCUAUCAUUUGCCGGAGGCGGCCAAGGGCUGGGCGAGAAUGAACUUUGCCAUUGCACCCGGCGUUUUGGAUGAGGCUCUGGGUCGGUUUUGUAGUGGUCUAGAAUGUAGAGAACUCAAUUCUAGUUGA